AUGGCCCUUUACCUUAUUGCCAACCUCGACAGAACGAGUCUGGGCAAUGCUAAGAUUGAAGGCCUUGAGGCUGACCUCAAGAUGACUGGCAACGACUACAACAUUGCGAACAUGAUGUUCUUUAUCUUGUACAUUCUGUGCGAAAUACCUUCGAACUGGAUCCUCUUCAACUUCAACAAGCCAGCUGGGUUCUUUCCAGGUGCCGUCUAUCUUCUCAGCCAGUGGGACCCUCCCAAGAUGACGCAGUUCCGCAUGUCUUUGCUUUACUGUGCUGCUGCCAUGUCUGGCGCCUUCUCGGGCCUCUUAGCCGCCGCCAUCGCCAAGAUGUCCGGAAUUGCGGGCUACAACGGCUGGCGAUGGAUCUUUAUCACUGAAGGCAUCUUGACAGUCCUCUCAGAAGAUGAGAUUCGGUAUCUGAACUUCAUGUACCAGAAAUAUCGCGGCGGUCAUGUUCAGCAAAACGAGCCGCAGCGAGAAUGGGUUCCAGCAGAGAAGACAAACAGAUGGAUGGUUCUGGGAAGUGUUCUGACCGAUUGCCAGAUCUUCCUGUAG